UGCCAUUUAAUUAAUAAGUGUGAGAGUAAGAUGAAUCCCAUAAACUAUGCUUAUACUUUUAGGCCCUUCCUAGGCUUUGUUUAUGCAAUUAUUAUCAGUGCAUUAGUCAUUGUGAGUGAGAGUUCAUAUUCCACUUCUUAUGAAGAUCAUCACUUAAUGAGACGCAUCGACAACUACCCAUAUAGUCUCUCUUCUGUAGCUCCUUCUCGAUCGCAUCUCACGGAAACAUCGGGAUCACGUGUUUAUCACGUUGUUGCCUACGGAGCCGAUCCCACUGGCGAAUCCGACAGCACCGAGGCGAUCGAGAAAGCCAUCUCUGAUGCAUUUUCGUAUGCCACUGAUGGUCAUUUGAUGAAAGGCAUUUUAGACCUUGGUGGUUCUCAACUUCACCUAGAUGGAGGGACGUACAAGAUCAGUCGCCCCUUGCGCUUACCUGACGUAGCUGCUGGCAAUUUCAUGAUACAUGGAGGAUCAUUACGCGCAUCGGAGUCUUUUCCAAGCGAUGGCCAUCUUAUAGAAUUGAGGCCGUCAUCACCUUCUGUGAUGUAUGAAUAUAUCACACUCAAGGACCUAAUGUUAAACUGCAAUUUCAGAGGAGGUGGGAUAGCCAUAAUAAACUCAUUGAGAACUACAGUAGAUAACUGUUACAUAUCACACUUGACGAGCGAGGGGAUAGUAAUUGAAGGUGGGCACGAAAGUUACAUACGAAACUCCUUCAUCGGGCAGCAUAUCAACGUCGGUGGAGAUGGAUACGAAAAGGACUUCUCAGGGAUCGGAGUGAAAGUAAUGGGAAACGACAAUGUGUUGAGGGACAUAGUGAUAUAUUCAGCAGAGAUUGGAGUGAUGGUGUUGGGACAAGCAAAUGUGAUAAUGGGAGUGCACUGUUACAACAAGGCCAGGGGAUUAGGUGGGGUAGGAAUUUAUGUGAAGCAACCUGGUUUUACACAAACAAGGAUAGUGAAUUGCUACUUAGAUUACACAGGAAUAGUGGUGGAGGAUCCAGUUCAAGUGCAUAUAACAGGAUGUUUCUUCCUAGGGAAUGCAUUGGUUGUAUUGAAAUCGAUAGGGGGCGUAAUAAGUGGAUUGAAUAUCGUCGAUAACAUGUUCGCCGGAGAUUAUACAGGGGUGAAGAUAGUCGAGUUGGAUGAAUCCAAGACUCCCUUCACUAGAAUUGAUCAAGUGGUGGUAGAUAGAAAUAAUGUCCGAGGGAUGGUGGUUAAGACGACGGUGGGAAGAGGAUCCACGAGAGUGACGAAUGGAACGACAUGGACGGUUGAUUUCUCGAGCUUAUUGUUAUUUCCUAACCUCAUAAGAAAUGUAGUGUACUCAUUGGAGAUGGAGCAGAGUGAGGGUCAGGGUCAGGUAUUUCCAAACCAUGUGUUAACUAAUCUAGCUCAUAACCGAGUAACUGUCCGGUCCAAUGUGGCAGUAGCAGCUACAUUACAUGUUCAAGUACACCAAACAACCUAUGCCUUAUGAUACAUACUACAUUCAAUUUGAAAUGAAACCUUAAUCGUUGUUUCUUGGUUCAUCAUCAAUUGAUGUAUAGUAUAAGAAAUGUAUUUAAUGUAUUCACUUAUUGUUCACAUUAUAAGGGAAAUUUUUAGAGUUUCAGUUCAGUUUAGACAUUAAUUAUUUUG